GGACAAAAGGCCUUGCGCCCCUUAUCCCCUUCCCUCUCCCCCCGCCCGAGCCAUUCAGCUCACUUGUUUUCUCUGUUCUUGGCUCGGGAUAGAGGAGUUUUGCUCAUUUCUUCACCACAUUUGUGAAGAUCUUUGAUUCCCCGUCCAUCCAUCUGCUCUAAAGGUUUGGGGCUUGUUUUUCUCUUCUUCCUUGGCUUGUAUAGCUCAUUUCAUACUUUAGAAAUAGAGAAAAUGUGUAGCUAGCUCAUUUCUUGGACAUUAUUUUGCUAGCUAGAUUGCAUAUGUAGGCGUAAUUUUCUUUUAGAUUUAGAUGAGUAUAUGGAUAGUAGAAAUUUUUAGAAUGAGUGUAGAUACUUCAUGUGAUGUACUUGUAUAUAUGACCAUAUUGUGGAUAGUUGAUUUUUUUAUUCGUGAAUGAAUUAAUGAAAUGAGUAUAUUAUAGAAUUUUUUGUAUUAUGAAUGGAUUAUUUUGACACUCUAGUGAUGUAUUUAAUCAGGCUCACAUUGAAACCAUCUAGAAGCUAAAAAAAUCUUUAUUUCGAAACAAGUAUACGUCGUUAAUCUCCAUCCAACGGUGAUGGCACUACCUUUCAGGGAUACACGAUGCGCUAUAAGGACGUCGCAAAUCGGUUGGUCGCAUCACCAGCACUUCCGAUUGAUAAGAAGACAGCAUUUGACGCAGUCAGCAUGCCGUUGUUGUACUGAGAGCAUAUGAACGAGCAUGCUGCCUGUGCCAAGUGCUGUGCCUAUUAAUCGUAAAUGUUGGUGCUGCGACUAGCCGAUUGGUGACAUCCUUGUACCGCACCGUGUCCCCCCGAAAGGCAGUGUCAUCACCGCAGGGUUGAGGUUACUGACAUAUACAUUUUCAGAAAUAAAGGUUUAUUUUUCUUCUAGAGGGUUUCUGGAUAUUGAAAAGAGUGUACUCCUGGAACUGAAGGGUGUCAAAGUAAUUAGAAGUUAUAGAGAUUUCUUUCAAUUAAUUAGAGAUUUCUUGAGGAUUAAUGAUACAUUUUGUCUUUUUUUAUAUAAUUUCAUUGUUAUUUGCAAGAGUUAUUAAUCUGAUCAUUGUAAUUGUAAUAGUAAAUAAUUUUUGCUUUGUAAUGGUAAGAAUUUAUAAUUUUGUGGAAAAUAAAGGUAUUUUUCAGUAAAAUAUGGCUUCAACAGCUGGAGGGAGUGGCGCCGGUGGGGGUGAUCGUUGUCCUUCUGGAGAGAAGGGCACAACUCGAGUAGGUCGUCGGUCCAAAAAACCUAGUGCUUUUCAUAGGGCAGCGCUCCGUUAUUUGGAAAAAGAAUAUAGAGAAUGCAUGGCAAGGGGCGAGGAACCUCCGUUUGAUCUUGAGGAUUUAUUGCGGCGUUACGGUUCGUCACCACCAAACUCGGAGGUUUCAGCUCCGCCAUCUUAUUCUGCGCCAGCAAGAAAUCCGUUAGAACAUUCUGCGUUCCAACGCAAGGACGGUUGAAAACCUAUGUGUUGUUGACCGAAUUUUUAAAUUUCAUGUAUAGUACUCCUUUGUUAAGUUCUGUAAUGGAUUAAGUACCCCUUUUAAUUAAUCAAGAUGUAUGAUAGAUAUUGCAUAUCUUUUAAUUAUUCAUGUUAUGUUACAUUUAGUUUAAUUUAGGUUUGAUAUAUUUUAUUUAUUCGAUACGUGUAAAGAAUUCAAAUCGAUUUAUUUAAAAUGCAGAUGGACCGGCAAUGGAUGUACAAUGCUGACCGACGUUCGAAAGAAUUCAUUGAUGGCCUGCAUUAUUUUUUGUCUGUGGCUGAGGCAAACAAGCAGAAUGGUUUUAUGUGCUGCCCGUGUGUUCAUUGCAACAAUAACAAGGAUUACUCAUCUUCAAGAAUCCUACACAGCCACAUUUUCGCAAAUGGUUUCAUGAAAAAGUAUGUUUGUUGGACGAAGCACGGAGAACAGGGGGUUACCAUGGAAGACAAUGAAGAAGAAGAUUUUGACGACCACUUUCCCGGGAAUGCUGGAAUCGGUGCAUUCGAUGACGAUAUUCCCAUGGAAGAGCCCGAAGUAGAUGUAGCAGAAAAUGAUCCCAGCGACGAUCUGGGGCAAGCAUUGCACAAUGUGCAGGCAGACUGUGAGAGUGAAACGGAGAGGUUGAAGUUCCAGAAGUUGUUAGAGGACCACCAUAAGUUGUUGUACCCAGAUUGUCAAAAUGGAUUUAAGAAACUUGGCACCACCUUGGAGUUGCUGCAAUGGAAGGCGACAAAUGGUGUAUCCGACAAGGGAUUUGGUGAAUUACUCAAACUUGUUAAAAAAAUGCUUCCUAAGGACAAUGAAUUGCCUGCCACAACGUAUGAAGCCAAACAACUUGUUUGCCCUUUGGGACUGGAAGUGCAAAAGAUACAUGCAUGCCCCAACGACUGCAUCCUCUACCGAGGCGAGUACGAGAAUUUGGAUGCAUGUCCCGUAUGCAGUGCAUUGCGUUACAAGAUUAGAAAAGAUGAUCCUGGAGAUGUCGAGGGAGAGCCUCCCCGGAAGAGAGUUCCUGCGAAGGUCAUGUGGUAUUUGCCUAUAAUACCACGUUUGAAGCGUCUGUUUAGAAAUAAAGAUAAUGCUAAGUUGAUGCGAUGGCACAAAGAGGAACGCAAGAAAGACUCGAUGUUGAGACACCCCGCUGAUGGGUCGCAGUGGAGAAAAAUAGAUAGAACGUACCCUAAAUUUGAUUUGGAUGCGAGAAACAUAAGGUUCGGUUUGAGUACGGAUGGCAUGAAUCCUUUUGGUGAGAUGAGCAGUGGUCAUAGCACUUGGCCUGUGACUCUUUGUCUGUACAAUCUUCCACCAUGGCUCUGCAUGAAACGAAAGUUCAUCAUGAUGCCAGUGCUUAUCCCGGGUCCAAAGCAGCCCGGAAAUGACAUUGAUGUGUACCUAAGACCAUUGGUCGAAGAACUCUUAUUGCUCUGGGGCGAUGAAGGUGUACGGAUGUGGGAUGAAUACAAACAGGAAAACUUCAACCUACGAGCAUUGCUGUUCGUAACGAUCAAUGACUGGCCUGCUCUUAGUAACUUGUCAGGACAUUCGAACAAGGGAUACAAAGCAUGCACACACUGUUUAGAUGAUACCGAUAAUAUAUGGUUGACUCACUGUAAGAAGGUUGUAUACAUGGGUCAUCGUCGGUUUCUUCCCAUCAGGCAUGCGGUACGAAAGAAGGGCAAGCAUUUCAAAGGCCAAGCGGACCACCGAACAAAACCGAUGCACCGUAGUGGUAAAGACGUCUUCAACAUGGUAAAAGAUCUAGAAGUUGUUUUUGGAAAGGGAUCUGGUAGCCAACCUGUUCCGAACGAAAAUGGAAUGGCGCCCAUGUGGAAGAAGAAAUCUAUAUUUUGGGAGCUACCAUAUUGGGAAGUCUUAGAUCGAGAUAAUGGACGACAAUACUUAAGUCCUGCCAGCUAUACUCUUAGCAAGGAAGAGAAAGAAACCAUGUUUGACUGCUUGAGCAGUAUAAAGGUUCCAUCUGGAUACUCAUCCAAUAUAAAAGGAAUCUUAAAUUUGGCAGAGAAGAAAUUUACAAAUCUCAAGUCCCAUGACUGCCAUGUGCUUAUGACCGAACUUCUUCCGGUUGUGCUGCGGGGGAUUCUGCCUGAUAACGUCCGAGCUCGUCCAGAAGGAAGCAUCGCCAGUGCCUACGGAACUGAGGAGGUCAUUGACUUUUGUGUUGACUUUAUUGAUGACCUUAAACUGAUUGGAGUCCCUGAAUCGCGAUAUGAGGGGAGACUAUCUGGAAAGGGUACAUUAGGAAAGAAAUCUUAUGUCUGCACAGAUGAUUUCUCAUUCAAGAAAGCGCAUUAUACGGUUCUUCAACAAUCAUCCUUGGUUGACCCAUAUAUCGAGGAACACAAGAAAAUUCUGCUCUCCAAUUUCCCGGAAAAGUCUGAGGCAUGGAUUACACGUGAGCACAUGAACACUUUCUGUAGCUGGUUGCGGAAGCAUCUAAUGCAUAACAUGGAUAUAAGUGAACAACUGUUCUUAUUGGCUAGGGGACCAUCUUGGAAUAUCUUAACAUACCAAGGGUACGAGAUAAAUGGAAACACAUUUUAUACGAUAGCCCAAGAUAAAAAGAGUACCAACCAAAACAGCGGUGUUCGUAUGGAUGCCACGGACAAUAAUGGAAAAAAAGACACAUAUUACGGCUACAUUGAAGAGAUAUGGGAGCUGGAUUACGGUCCCAAUUUCAAGGUGCCUCUAUUUCGUUGCCAAUGGGUUAAGCUAUCUGGAGGAGGGGUAACAAAAGAUGAGUAUGGGAUGACAAUAGUUGAUCUCAACAAUCUUGGGUAUAGAGACGAGCCAUUUGUCCUAGCCCAGGAUGUCGCUCAGGUUUUCUACAUUAAGGACAUGUCCAGCAAGCCAAAGAAGGGGAUCAACAAGCAAAAGGAUGAGCCUAAGCGACACAUAGUUCUAUCAGGAAAGAGAAACAUCGUUGGAGUGGAGGACAAGACAGACUUUUCAGAAGAAUAUAAUAAUUUUGUUGCCAUUCCACCUUUCGAAGUAAAUGCUGAUCCAUGCAUCCUGCUAGCCAAUGAUGAUGCUCCAUACUUGCGCCGUGAUCAUAAUCAAGGGACAUUUGUGAAG